ACGGGGGACACAGAACUGUCCCCAAUUUCGGUGACCUCCCGAGGGCGGGGCCAUUCCCGGCGCUUCCUGCAGAGGGCGCAAUCCCCGGCUCGGCUGAGGCCCCGCCCCCUGAAGGCGUCAAGCCCCGCCCACCUUUCCAGAAGACCCCGCCCCCCGUCAUGGCGGGCGCGCGCGUGCUCGUGCACGUGCGGCGCGCGGGGGCGGGGGGGGCGGCGGCGUUCGGGCAGAGUGUCACCGGCGUGUUCUGCCCCGCGCACACGGACGUGGCCCUGGUGAGCUGCGGGCUGGAGCGCGGCCGCUUCCUCAUCUCCGAUGUCGCCUUCCCCGGCUCCACCGUCACCGUCCUCAAGAGACCCCCCUUCUGCCCCGCCAAGCUGGGAGGGGACACUCUGGGUGACCGGGGGGGACACGCGGGGGUGGUCGCAGCGGUGGCCGUGCUGCUGGAGGCCACCUGUGGCCACGUCCUGCUGACCCGCCGGGCCACCACCCUGCGCCACUUCCCCAACGUUUGGGUGCCACCAGGUGGGCACUUGGAGCCAGGAGAAGAGCUGGUGGCCGCGGGGCUGCGGGAGCUGGCCGAGGAGACGGGGCUGCACCUGGAGCCUGGAACCUUCUCCUGGCACCUGCUCGGCCUCUGGGAGUCCCUGUUCCCUCCCUCGCUGAGCUGGGGGCCACCGCGGUGCCACCACAUUGUCACCUACCUCGGGCUGCGCUCGGCCGAGUCCCGCCAGAGGCUGCAGGCCCGGCUGUGCCCGAGCCCGUGUGAGGUCAGCGCCGUGGCCUGGCUGGAGCCUCGGGUCCUGGAGGCCAUCGCUGCCACCGAGGACGGAGCUGAGGCACCGGAACCGGGAUCGGGAUCAGGACCGGGAUCAUUCCCCAGAGAGCUGCCGGCCACCGUGGGGAUCACGGAGCUGAGCCCCGACGGCUUCCGCAGCUCCCGGAUUCCCACCGGGAUCCUCCUGCGCCGGGCCCCGGCCCGCGGCCCCGACCUGGAGCGAGUCAGCACCGGCACCAAAUUCGCGCUGGGGCGGUGGCGGGCGGGGCCCGGCCGGGGGGAGGAGCGGGAAUAAAAUUCCAGCGGGAUCCCGGCCCUGUCCUGGAGUGGGGUUUCCAUGGUUUCGGGUGGAUUCCAGGGGAAUGGAGAGGGUACACCCCCUUCCUCGGCUCAUGGGAUGGGGACACAGGAUGGGACAUGGGAUGGGACACAGAAUGG